AGUAACUGCUGGGUCUAUUUUUACUCUAGUUCAGCAACCUUCCUUUCCUCAGCUGCUGCUGCUACUGCUGAAGAGCUGAAGGACAUGAGGCUGAACCACUGAGGUGGCAGAACUGAAAGAACACAAAUUAAUCUUGUCUCUGAAAAUGUCUGAGCUUCAAGAGACAACCUUAGCAGCCAAAAGCACCGUGCAACUCGGCUCCAAUAAGAACCAUCCUCCCUCCCUUUGUCCUGAAGGAAUAGAAUUUCCCAGGUUCUCCUGUUUGAAAGUUUCUGCAUUCUUACUUUGUUUGCUAUUGAUUUUUUUUAAAGAAAAGUAGAUGGUGAGUACUGAAAACUGCCUUAUUUUUCCCCUCCUCUCUCUUUGAUUCAUAGCCAAGAGGAGUUGCUGCAAGUCGUCUCCACCCCUUUCUCUUUUGCUCUUCUCCUUUAAAAGAAAGAACUGAAAUGCUCGCACCUUACUCUCUCACAGACUAGAGACCCAAACCAGCUCUCUCCACAGUGCUGUCUCCUGUCAUUCUUCCAAAGGGAGCAGAGCUAUUCUUUUUCUUCUGCUGCAGGACGGUACAAGAGUAGCAGUUGCAGCAAUUCAUAUCUCGAGGCUCCGCAAGACUACACACAGACACACACGCGUGCACCCACACCCACUGCUCCACCAGAGUCAUUUCUUCACCUGUCGCAAACUCUCACCCAUCGACCAAAGCUACCAAUGCUCUUUGGAAAGAAGCCUCAUUUAACUUAAGGAAGAGAUUCAAAUCAAACACAGGAAAGCAGGGAAGAAGCGAUCUAAGAAGUGAAAGGGGGAGAAAAAAAGAGGAGAGAUGAGAAGACCGUAAUUCUUCCUCUACUGUUUUCAACAUCGUGAAGCUUAACAUUUGGAAGGAAUACUGAAAAUAACCUUGCUUUUGCCAGCAGAUAUUUUCAUCUUAAGAAAAGAGCGGAGCUCACGUGGGCAGCAAAAUCAAAGGGAAAUAAAUACUGAGAGACUUCUUGUGCAAAAGAAGUGCAUGGAGGGAGAGAUCCAUUUCAAAUGUGCAAGUUUUUGUUGAGGAAAACUUCCCAUUUUUUAUAUACUUAUGUUUUUUCUCCUCUACAGAAGAGGCAGAAAAAUUAUUAUUAUUCUUUUCCUUAGGGCCUUUAAAAGGUAUUUUACUUAGUACACCUUGGGUUUUCUUUUGGAGAAGAUCAGAAGUCUUUGGGGGAGAAAUGAAAGAGCACAGAAUCCCUUGAGCAUGAUAUACAACACAGACUAAAAGCAGAUGCACUCUCUCUCACCUCUGUGCCCCGAAGAAUAGGAAUCUUAUUUCUUCUUUUUAAAAAACUACUCUCCUUCAAUGUGCCUGGAACUUCUGGGGAUUGGAGUCGGCAUGAAUUUCGGAGUGCUCUUCGUGUCUCUCUGGUACCUGCCACUCAUCAGCAGUGAGGGAGACCCCAUCCCUGAAGAGAUUUAUGAAAUGCUGAGUGACAGCUCCGUGCGCUCAAUCAGAGACCUUCAGCGGGUCCUGCGGAUAGACUCCGUAGAAAAAGAUAAUUCUACUUCAUACCUGAACACCACCAGACUGAAUCCUGGUCAAAAUCCUUUUUCGUCCCGAUGGAGACGAAGUCUACGUGGAGAAGAGCCUGUCGAGCCUGCAGUACUUGCUGAGUGCAAGACAAGAAUCGAAGUGUUUGAGAUCUCCCGGAGCUUGGUGGAUUCCACCAAUGCCAACUUCCUUGUGUGGCCUCCAUGUGUGGAGGUGCAGCGGUGCACAGGCUGCUGCAAUACCAGAACCAUGCAGUGUCGUCCAACGCUGGUUCGUGUGCGACACAUCCGGGUAAAUAAAAUUGAAAUUGUCCUAAAGAAGCCAGUCUUUCAUAAAGCUGUUGUGGCCUUGGAAGACCACCUGGAGUGUCGAUGUGAGGCAAUAUCACCCCGACUUGUCAGUCGGCCAAAUUCGCGUGAACACAGAGGUGGGACACCACUCAGCACUGUAGCUUCUCUUCCAACAAGGGCACGAGUGCACCGGUUACUGCCACGAAAGAGGAAGCAUCGGAAGUUCAAGCAUGUACAUGAUAAGAAAGCGCUGAAAGAAAUCUUCCCAGCAUAGAGGCACUGGCAGGCAAAAGUGCAAAUGUCAGGUUUAUUAUUUAAUAUAUUUGCUGUAUUACCCCCAUGGGGUUCUAAGAGUUUCUCUCCGUCCAUCUGCCUCAGCGCUACAUUGGACGGCAAAUGGUGCUUCCUGAUCCCUCGCUCACUGGACGUUCUCCCACCAAAGUUUACCCUUGGAGUUCUUACUUCUUAAUUACAUUUCAGCCUUUUAUGAAAGGAAGAACACUGGGGUAGGGAUUAAGCAGCAGAAAACGAGGCAAUCUGAGUGGACAAUAUGCUUCCUGCUGCAGCCAACACAAUGGAAAUGUGGCAAGAGACUUGUGGUCCUAAUUUGGGGGGGGGGCAACAGUGGGAUGGGAGGAUAAGAAAAUUACUCCUUCCUCCUUUUCAUCCAGGAGUUACUUGGGCUCAGGAUGUUUACAGUGACAAUGGGCACAAGUCAAAGACCGUCAGAGUGAUGAUAACCAAUGACAGCAAAUGCACUAAGGACUUCUAUUGUCAUGUCUGGAUAGAUUAUUUUUAAUGUGUGUAUGUAUAUUUUAUUUUUAAAACCACUAAACCAUGCCACGCCUCAAGGAACAGAACAAUUGAGAGUAAAAUACAUCUACCCAACAGUUACCGCUGCCAGCUGAAUGAUACAUGAACAGGAAGGGAGCGAUUUUACUGCAGAGGAACCACUGCCUAGGGAUUCCCUUUGGGUCAAAGAGGCCCUUGUUACACAUGACUCUAAGGAAGGCAUGGAUUGUCCUGUUUCCUAUCUCCUCUUUCAGUUUGAGGAAUUUGUUGUUCCUUUUGUAUGUUGGUGGUGUAGAUAACUUUCAGGUAUUGUUAAUGGAUUUACUUUAAGUAAAAUGAAGAGUGUCACCACUGGAUGAAUUGGGACCCCUGGCGAACCUGAUCCACCAGAGUCACUGCUCCUGCAACAUCUAGAACGAGUCUUUGCUUUUUAGGAGGCAGAGCCAUAUCCACACUACAGCUUGUUCUUUUAACAAACAUGGGGGCUCUUAUCCAUGAAACCGACAUCACUUCUAUAUGGGAUUUCAGGUACCAGUGUGGAGAGAGAGAUUUGCUUGGGACCAUAUACUGCAAUGGCUAAACAAGGAGAACAGAAGCAGGUUCAAUGGAUUGUUGAUAUGAUUCAGUUAUAUAUGUGAUAUCAACUUGCCCUGUAUCAAAGGUGUCUUUUGUGUGUGAUCUUAUUUCCAGACAUCGUUAUUACUUAUCCUCCUCUGCUAUAGAGAUUAAUAUCCAGAUUUUAAUUUAUGUUAACGACCAUGUUAACAUUCUUUGAUAUGAUGGAAAUUAAAUUAUGCAAGGCUCCACAUCACAACCAUAAGAGGUUCUGCUGUGAUGUCUAAGGCAUCACAUAGGCAAAUCCCAAAAUAACAAAUGGUGCUGCAUAUCUUUGUAUGUUCCCCUGUACUUCCACCUAAACCAUCCAGCUCACAUUCAUCACUUGCUCUUUUAAUCUCCUGUCUCUCCCAUGUUCUCCCACAUUUUGCUUCUACAUCCUCAGAGCGUUUAUCUCUUUAAAACAGGCGGGCAAAGUGUGGCCUUCCAAGUGGUGUUAGACUGCAACUCCCAAAGUUCCUCAUCACUAGCUUUGCUGGUUAGUGUUGGUGGGAUUUGCAACCCAACAAUAUCUGGACAACCACACAUUGCCCAAUCCACCUCAUAGUAUUUCAGAUGACCAGAUAAAGAGAUCCACUAAAGGUUUUGUCUCACUGGGUAGUGUGGGGCAGUUGCCUGUUCUAGCAAGGAAAAAGUCAGUUGCCUGCAUGUCAUGAAUAGGUUUGAGGGGGAUAGAAUGAUAGAAGUGUGUUGAGGUUUCAUAACUUUUACUUUUCAUCUACAUCUUUAGCUCUUAUUGUCCAUUACAUUCUCUUAUUUCAAAAGACAAAAGGCCAGCAAUUACACUGGCUCUCUCUACAGAUAGGAUGCAUGGUAAAUAUCAUGGUGGCAAUGCUAGAUGAGGCUGGUAUGGCCUACAGUCCAGCACAUCUGGAUUGGGCAGAGCUGGCUAAGAUUUUGGAGGGUAAACCCCUUCUUUCCUUCUGCUUGCCCCAGCUGUUUCUUCAGUCCCCCUCAUGUAGUUUUUAAAAGGCACCAUGAAUAGACCUUAACAUCUGGAAAGUUUUCUAGUUACAUCUCAGGUAGACCAGGUGACCAGAUGUGGAAUAUGACCCACCAGCAACAUAUGUGUGUUUGUUAGAAGGAAACAGAAGCACAACACAAUCCUACUGUAGAGAUAAGAAGCUGAGUUUGGGAAGAGGAAAUGACUAAGUCAAGCUAUCAACUGAAAUACAGAUUGUUAAAUAACACCCUAAGUUUAAACAGAGCUUUCAAAUAUUACUUAAUUUUUUUAACUACAACUCUCCAAAACCUCCAGUGUCCAUGUUGGUUGAGGAAUUCUGGGAAUUGUAGUUCAAACCCUUUCCCUGACAUUUUCAAGUUCGGUAUUUAAAACUGCCCUUCAACCAGUUCAGACAGAAGAUCCAAGCUUUCAUUCUCCUGCUGCAUAGUGAGUUCAAGCCUUUCGCUCCAUGCACUUAUACCAGACAAAGAAAAGCAGCUGCAGCCAUAAGAAAGAAGAUGCGCUUUCUACAGCCUCUUGGAACAACAAGCCUCUGGAGCAGAAGAAGAAUCAGGUCAUUUGUCCUGCAAAACAUUUCCCAGUUGUGGCUGCUUUUCCUUACUCCACACAAGUAUUUGUAGGGAUCAGACAGAAACUUGGAGGCAGGCCCACAAUUUAUUUUCAUCCCUGAGAUCCCAUUGUCUGAAGAUGGUGGGAGGCCAUUUUUUUCCCUUGGAGCUUUGAAACCUUACAUCUUUUUGACUACGACUCUCAAAAUGCCCCAGCCCUCAAGCUGUAGUCUUGAGUUGAAUAGCUUUUUGUAUUACCUACUAUUGGAUGUUGAAUCAGCUCAAUAGAAAACCCUGAAAUGUAUCACCAUAAGUCAGAACUCGCUUGUCAGCACACAAUUAUUAUUAUUAUUAUUGAAGAAAUCCAUUGGCCACAAACACCCGAGAGAGCUUUACUUAUGUGGUAUCCUACAAACUCCUUAUGUCUGCUGGUAUGAUCAGACUUUAGUGGGAAAUAAACCUUACAGUAACUGCUUUAGGUUCUGACUACUGUUACAUAUUGUUGACUAGUUACAAGAUUUUAAGAAAAACUGAUGGAAACUGAUUAUUCCUGUCUACCCAACUUAUACUGAAAGCUUUCUUUCUGAGAGAUGAAAAAGAUUCUUGCUAUCCAUUCCUGCUUUUUUGUCUAUAAAAAGAUGGUUUGUUUUCCUACAAUUUUCCCAUCUGUAAGGAGGGCAAGGCCUUUCUCUUCCCUACCCAUUUUAUAUUAAAUUAAUUUAUACUCAGUACUGUAUUUAAAGUUGUUUUUUUUAAAAAACCCUAAAAUCAAAACU